AUGGAUUGGAAGAUGUUUGAAAGCCUCCUUAGCGGGGUGAACAAGUACUCCACAGGGUUCGGGAGGAUCUGGCUGUCCGUGGUGUUUGUGUUCCGAGUGUUGGUGUUCGUGGUGGCAGCCGAGCGCGUGUGGACCGACGACCUGAAGGACUUUGACUGCAACACGAAGCAGCCCGGCUGCCCCAACGCUUGCUACAACUACUACUUCCCCAUCUCGCACCCCCGACUGUGGGCUCUGCAGCUCAUCUUUGUCACCUGCCCCUCCCUGCUGGUGGUGAUGCACGUGGCGUACCGCGAGGACCGCGAGAGGAAGUACCGGCUGAAGCACGGCGAAGGCGCGAAGCUUUACGACAACCCAGGCCAGAAGCACGGAGGCUUGUGGUGGACGUACCUCCUCAGCCUCUUCUUCAAAACGGGCAUCGAGGUCACCUUCCUCUACCUGCUUCACCUUAUCUACCACAACUUCUUCCUGCCCCGCCAAAUCAAGUGUGACGUCAGCCCCUGCCCCAAUUAUGUGGACUGCUACAUCGGACGUCCCACAGAGAAGACGGUCUUCACCUACUUCAUGGUGGCGGCUUCGGCCGUUUGCAUCGUGCUGAACGUCUGCGAGAUCCUCUACCUGAUUAUCUACUGUAAAGGGGAGAACAAAAGAACACUUGACCUCAAAUUAUAAGUGGACCUCCGCUCCCCCAACCCCCCACAGUAAAUUGUUUUAUAACCAGUUACAUAAGCAAUCCUCACAAUGGAGAAAAGGUAUCUGUCAGAGUAAUGUGGCUAAGUGCCUUCUUGCCAGUAGACAGGCUCUGCAAAAGUGUUGAUUAACAUGUUGUAUCAUAAGUGUAAACAUAACAAAUGUAGUCAUUAUAUUGUACAGAUAACAUCUGUCAGGAAUGCUUGGUUAUACUCAGUUAUGACAAUUAUGUAAUGCUAAAACAAUUCCCCUGAUUUUUAGUGAACCAUUUGCAGUAUUUAAAUAUGUGCCAAGGACAUAUAUCAAGCGCGAGAUAUAACUUGUUACAUAUUCAGUCCUGCCCAAGAAGGAAACAUAAUUCCUGUCAAGUGAGAAAGUUUCCAUCUUUCCCCAGCGAGGGUUUAGGUUUUUAAUACUGCCACAUGAUGCAGAGAUGUCAACAGUCAGAAACUUUACCGGAUUGGCGAUUUAGUGGUGCCUAGCAUAAGAUCCUGGCUUUUUAAUGAGCGGAAGGUGAACCUUCUAUCUCAAAAUCCUUUCUGUGUGCUCACAAUCUGCAGGCUGGGGUCCCCACUUCUAAUUAUCCAACUAAAGUAACAGUUAUGUUACCUGAGCUUCAUUAUAUUGUUUUGCCUUCCCAUAAUCCAUCUUGAUUUUGCUGGUUUAAUAGUCCUAUUAGAUGGUUCUAGCAUUGGCUGUUCCCCAGGCUCAAGCUAGAAACCAGCAAAGAUAAACUGGACAGAUAUGUGACAUGGGUUAUUGGUAAAAUGUGUAUGUUGUUCAAGUGAUCAAAUAAACCAUUACAACAUGGGUGCCACAGGUUAAGAAAUGUUCUCUGCAAAGGCUCCUCUCAAUUAGGCUCCUCUUGAAAAAUAACACCAAGGCACUCAAAUUGGUUCAAAGGUUUUAGGCAGAUUCAGUGGCACACAGCAGUGUAUAACCAGUACACUCUGACUCCAUAGAAGUCAAAGUCUGGGAGCUUUCACACUUUGAUGAUAGAAGGUCUCUAUUUUGACAAGCCAAAUAACAUG